AAAUCAAAAGCCUUAAAAGAAAAUCUCAACCUCCCUUCCUUAAUUCCUCUCGGAUCUUUUUUCUUAGGUCAAUGAAUUAGUUUUUUUUUUUUUUUAGUGUGAAGAGAACAAAGGAACAAAAUUGUGGGAGAGAAGGUGGAGAGAUAUUGAGGAAAUAGUUGAGAGAAAUUAGUUGGAAAUCGUGGGUUUAGGGUUUUUUUCUAUUUUGUUUCAGUUCCAAUCACCGAUGGCAGAUCACGCGGCUCCAGACUCUACCACCAGCCUGUCGGCCGCUGCUGCUGCCACCACCGCCGACUCGAGUUCUGCCCCACCUAUAGUUAUCACACCAGUACCCAAACGAGCUUGGGGUGAUGAAGAAGACGAUGAUGUGGUUGAAUCUGGAGACUCAUCCUCUGCGCCUUCCGAGUACUUGGAAUCCCUUAAAAUCCAAGACGAUACAAAUCUUGAAGAACCGAUCGACUCUAACAUCACAGCAGUGACAACUGGUGAUACUCCAUAUUCAUCCGCUAGUACUUUUGAGGAUUUGAAUCUGUCUAAAGAGUUGUUAAAGGGUUUGUAUGUUGAGAUGAAAUUCCAUAAGCCAAGUAAAAUCCAAGCUAUAAGUUUACCUAUGAUCUUGACUCCUCCUUACAAAGAUUUAAUUGCUCAAGCACACAAUGGUUCUGGAAAGACUACUUGUUUUGUGCUUGGGAUGUUGAGUCGCGUUGAUGUCAACUUGAAGGCUCCUCAGGCGUUUUGCAUAUGUCCUACAAGGGAGUUAGCCAUGCAGAAUAUUGAGGUUCUCAAGAAGAUGGGAAAGUACACUGGGAUAACUUCUGAGUGUGCUGUUCCUGCUGACAGUGCUAACUAUAUACCUAUGUCAAAGCGACCACCGAUAACUGCACAAGUUGUGAUCGGAACUCCUGGCACAAUAAAGAAAUGGAUGUCAUCGAGGAAGUUGGGAGUAAGUUGUGUGAAGAUUCUUGUUUUUGAUGAGGCUGAUCAUAUGCUUGGCGAGGAUGGCUUUCAGGAUGAUUCAUUGAGAAUCAUGAGGGACAUUGAGAGGAGUAGCCCUCAUUGCCAGGUGCUUCUGUUCUCUGCUACAUUCGAUGAGAAUGUUAAGAACUUUGUCUCUAGGGUUGUUAAAGACUACAACCAACUUUUUGUAAAGAAGGAAGAACUAUCUUUGGAGAGUGUGAAGCAAUACAAGUUGAUAUGUCCGGAUGAAUUAACUAAAAUUCGAGUCAUAAAAGAUAGAAUUUUUGAACUUGCAGACAAAUUGGGUCAGACAAUUAUAUUUGUGCGAACAAGAAACAGUGCUGGCAUGUUACAUAAGGCACUAGUUGAUCUUGGUUAUGAGGUGACUACCAUUCAAGGGGCAUUGACAACUGAAAUUAGAGACAAAAUAAUAAAAGAGUUCAAGGAUGGUUUGACCAAAGUUCUUAUUUCGACUGACCUUCUAGCUCGAGGCUUUGAUCAGCAGCAGGUCAAUCUAGUUAUCAAUUACGAUCUUCCUCUUAAAUAUGAACCUUCUCCACAAGCGACAAAAUAUAGAUCUUCCUCGUUAUCUGAGCCUAACUAUGAGGUGUACCUUCAUAGAAUUGGUCGGGCAGGUCGUUUUGGGCGCAAGGGAGCUGUGUUUAACUUGCUGUGUGGCGAUGAGGAAAUCAUGCUAAUGGACAAAAUUCAGAACCAUUUUCGCUCUGAAAUAAUAGAGGUUCGAGACUCUGAAGACGACAUUCAGACAGCCUUAAAAGCUGCCGGAUUGGUUUGAUGUAUAGAAAUGAGUUUAUCAUAGUUGAUUUCCAUUGAUGCCAACCACGCACCAAAGGCGAUAAACAUGGAACAGUUGGAUGAAAAAAAAAUGGAUCGAAUCAAAAUCGAGGCUUCGUAGUUUUUUGUUUUGCUUUAAAGUUGAAAGGAAAUUACAUGUGGUUGAGGUAUUUAGUGUUUUUGAGUUUGUCAAUUUCUGGCGUAUGGUUAGACUGUUGUAUAUUGUGAUGGUCACGGGAGAGCAUCGAGUUAAAUGUUAAAUUUCGUUAUUUAAAUUUUAGAUAUGUAUCUUUAUGGACCCUGAACUUUAUAUUUGUGCAAUAAAUUUCUGAACUUUUAUUUUUGUA